AUGAAGGUCACCGCCGCUGCCGUUUUGGCCCUCGCCGCCACUGUCGCCGCCGACAACGUCAGGUUCACCAGGGCCGCUCCCGCCCAGCUCGGUCGUCUCGCCCGUAGAGAGGACGAUGGCGCCUACGAGCCCGAGCUCCUCGAGUGUGGUGAGGGCAACACCUGCGCCGAGGCCUGCGGUGCUGGUUAUGAGCAGUGCGAGUCGUCUGCUUCUGAGAACCACUGCUUCAACCCCGCCGCAGGAGAGACCUGCUGCACGUUCCUCGGUCUUGGAUCUUCGUGCAACGCCGGCUACUUCUGCGCCCACGACGUCAGCAAGAGCACCGUCUGCUGCGCUGAGGGUUCUUCUCUCGAGGAGUGCGCCACGCUCAACAAGGCCAACGGUGCCUUGACGUCGGACCCGCCCGUCCCCUCGACCACUGAGACUGCGACUGAGACUGAGUCCUCUGCUGAGCCUACCGAGCCCGCUACCACCACCGGCUCGUUCAACUCGACCACCACUUUCGUCCCCAGCUCUACCAAGGCCCCUAUCAACGGCACUUCUUCGGCCGGCGCGUCCACCACCCGCACGGGUACCACGCCCUCUACUAUUCCCUCGCAGGUUCCCCCCGAGAGCGGUGCCGCUUCCUUGGUCCCCGCCACUGCUGCAGCCCUCUUCCUGGUCGGUGCCUUCGCCGCUCUCUUCUAA